GCAGGAAAGCAGAGUCGCCGAGAAGCCCAACUGCGCAUGUGCCCACUGGCACGCGCCUUCCCUCUCAGGAGCGCGAGACCACAGCGUCCCUAACAUCGCCGUGACAACCCUCUGCUCACCCAAUCAGAAGCCGGGCAGAUGCUUGGCCCAAUGGGACUGAGGAGUGAAUGUCUGCGUCAUUCAAGUUUUUUGUAUGUAAAAAUGGAGAUUGGAUGAAGGCAUCAGAUAUCCUGCAAAAAUAUGGAUCCUUUGAAGGAGUGGAACAGGAGACUGAAGAGUCGGAUGAGAAGGAUGUAACUGAACUAGACUUCUUACCAAGAGAACUAGAAAGUGAAGAUAGUGCCGUGGACACCAUAGACCUGGAUAGAGUGGGGUAUGAAGAGAAAAAAAGAAUUCAAGAUCCAAACAUAUCCAUGAAAAAGAAAAGAAAGAGAAAGAGAUCUGUGAUAUGUUUGACCAGCUGCAAGUAUGAGAGUGUGCGUCGCGCUGCUAAGAAGUAUGGUUUACGGGAAGCAGGUGAGAAUGAUGAAUGGACUCUCUAUUGGACAGACUAUUCAGUCUCACUGGAUCGCAUAAUGGAAAUGAAAAGUUAUCAGAAAAUCAACCACUUUCCUGGGAUGAGUGAAAUCUGUAGAAAGGACCUGCUAGCAAGGAACAUGAGCAGGAUGCUAAAGCUCUUCCCAAAAGAAUUUAACUUCUUUCCUAGGACGUGGUGUCUUGCUUCUGACUAUGGGGAUCUGCAAGCCUAUAGCAGAUCAAGGAAACAUAAGACAUACAUCUGCAAACCAGACUCUGGCUGUCAGGGGAGAGGAAUUUUCAUCACCAGAUCUGUGAAAGACAUAAAACCUGGAGAGGAUAUGAUCUGCCAGCUCUACAUCUCAAGGCCUUUUAUUAUUGAUAGUUUUAAGUUUGAUCUGAGGAUUUAUGUGCUGGUAACAUCAUGUGAUCCUUUGAGGAUAUUUGUCUAUAAUGAGGGCCUUGCACGCUUUGCUACAUCAGCCUAUUCCGAUCCCUCACACAGCAAUCUGAAUAAUGUUUGCAUGCACCUGACUAAUUAUUCCAUUAAUAAGCACAGUACUAAUUUUGUCCGAGAUGAAGAUUCUGGAAGUAAGAGGAAGCUCUCCACCUUUAAUAAGUACAUGCAGAAGCAUGGCUAUGAUAUCGACCUGAUGUGGCUGGAUAUAGAAGAUGUUGUUAUUAAAACCCUGAUAUCAGCACAUCCUGUUAUCAAACAUAACUAUCACUCUUGUUUCCCCAACCACACUGUGGGUAGUGCUUGCUUUGAAAUACUAGGAUUUGAUAUUCUGUUGGAUCUCAAACUCAAACCUUGGUUGCUUGAGGUGAAUCACUCUCCAAGCUUUACCACUGACUCCUGGCUAGAUAAAGAAGUGAAGGACCAACUACUGUAUGACACUUUGGUUCUGAUAAACUUAGGGGCCUGUGACAAGAGAAAAAUCCUAGAAGAAGCGAAGCGGCGUGGAAAGGAGAGGAUCCUGAAGCAAUGCCGUUCUCGAGAGACCAGGGCUGAGGAGUAUAAGAACUGCCAGGCCACUUGGCUGAAACAAGCUGAGAAAUAUGAGGAGAAAAACACAGGUGGUUUUCGUAGAAUUUAUCCCACAUCUGAUUGGGACAAAUAUGAUAAGUUUUUCCAGAACAAUAAUUCACUCUUUCAGGAGACUGCAGCUUCCAGGGCACGAGAAGAACAUGCUAGGCAGCAGCUACAGGAACUGCGAAUGAAGCAGGAGCAGAAAACAGCCCAUUUGCAAGAGAAGAAGAUAGAGCUGCUGGGAGAGUCAGGAUGUGAAAAAAUGAAGACUUUCAAAAAUAAGCUGGUGAGAAGGGCAGCUACAGCACAAAGACUGAAGCAGCAUUAUCUUUGUUCGGAGUCAGGACCGGGCACUUCUCUCCUGCUUCAAAGUUUCUCAGAGGAAAAAGAAUCAAAGAAAGAAAUUGUUAAUGGGGAAUCAAUUCAACAAAAAAUGCGCCCCACAUCUGAUGAGUAUUCAAAUGCACCUGAAAAACAAUCAGGGAGGCAUUACAGGUCCAUGCCAAACUUGACAGAGCAAAACUCAACUGGUGCCUCCAACCAGUACAACUCCAACCCAGACCCAAUGGACCAGGCAGUACAUGGUCAUCACUCUGUAGCAGAUAUGGACAUCAGAUUAAUACUCCAAACACCAGGGGAUUGUGCCAGAGUAUCAGAUAAUCCAAUUCAUUCUUCUUCAAAACCUUUCCCAACAUUGGCUCAGCCUCAGGCUGCGAUCACAACAGCAACUGAUGUGGUUUACUGUGGAAGCACAGUCAUUCAGAAUGUGGUGCCAUUUGGAUGUCAGAGAGAAUAUUACCAGUCUCGUGCCAGAGAGAACUUGGUUUCAUACUCAAAAAUCCAUAGACCACAUGGAAACCUGUUAGAACCUGAUAUAGAAAAAAACCCCAUCUUGAUGUCGGAAUUCUUCAGCAAGCUCAAUUUAUCACCAGGAGAGAAGGCCAUAAUAUUCCCUUUCCGUCACUACCCUCAUCUCAUCAAUAAAACACAAAGUGCUUUCCACUCCAGUAGAAUCUAUCUGAGUAGCAGAAACUCCAUAGACAAGAGACAAACGAAACUUCAGAGUGCUCAAGUGGUAUUCCAAAAAACAAACUGCCACCAGUUCAGCCUUCAGGAUCUUUUGGUGAUCUCCACUCCAGCUCGAGUGAACCCACGUCUUAAGAAAAGCAAUACUCUGACUUCAGGGGAUAAUCCAACAGAUAUACUCACUGGUGACUGCCUCCAGUUAUGCAGCUUCCAUAGCAUGAAACAUCACUGAAUGACCAAUGAAAUUUGCUUUUAAAAACUGUCAGGAGUUUGUGGGUGUCUUGAUGGGAAACUGCUGUACUGGAACUUGAUGUAGAUCUCCUCCUUUUAGCAGUGUCUGCUUGCUGCCAACUCUUGUUUUGUUUAGUGAAAAAUGCUUUUAUAAGAAGAAUUACAGUGUGAUGUCUGUUCUAUACCCUGCA